UUGUCGGACACCCGGUAGGGAAGAAAAAUGCCCGCCACCCAGAAGCCCAUGAGGUACGGACACACCGAAGGACACACGGACAUCUGUUUUGAUGACUCUGGGAGCUGUAUCGUGACUUGUGGAAGCGAUGGUGAUGUGCGAAUUUGGGAAGACCUGGAUGAUGAUGACCCCAAGUCCAUCAACGUUGGCGAGAAGGCGUACUUGUGUGCUUUGAAGAACGGGAGACUGGUCACUGCGGUCUCUAACAAUACUGUCCAGGUGCACACGUUUCCUGAGGGGGCUCCAGAUGGGAUCCUCACGCGCUUCACCACCAAUGCCAACCACGUGGUCUUUAACGCAGAUGGAACCAAGAUCGCCGCAGGAUCGGGUGAUUUCCUCAUCAAAGUUGUGGAUGUGAUGGACAGCAGUCAGCAGAAGACAUUUCGAGGACACGAUGCCCCUGUCCUAAGCCUUUCUUUUGAUCCCAAAGAUGUCUUUGUGGCAUCGGCCAGCUGUGAUGGGUCAGUCAGAGUGUGGCAAAUCUCAGAUCAGACCUGUGCAGUUAGUUGGCCACUGUUACAAAAAUGCAACGAUGUGAUGAACGCAAAGGCCAUCUGCAGGCUUGCUUGGCAGCCGGGAAGCGGGAAGUUACUGGCAGUUCCUGUGGAGAAAUCUGUGAAGCUGUAUAGAAGAGAAACCUGGACUAAUCAGCUUGAUCUUUCUGACAGUUCCAUCAGUCAGAGCCUCAACAUAGUAACUUGGUCGCCCUGUGGGCGCUAUUUAGCUGCGGGUAGUAUCAACGGCCUAAUUAUCGUUUGGAAUGUGGAAACCAGAGGCUGCGUAGAAAGGGUGAAGCAUGAGAAAGGCUAUGCCAUCUGUGGCCUGGCCUGGCACCCUACCUGUGGCCGCAUAUCUUACACGGAUGCAGAGGGGAACCUGGGGCUCUUGGAGAGCGUGUGUGAGCCCAGCGGGAAGGCGUCGGGCGGCAAGGCUUCUAGCAGAGUGGAAAAGGAGUACAAUGAUCUUUUCGAUGGAGAUGAUACGAGUGAUGCUGCUGGUUUUCUAGAUGAUGAUGCCGUUGAGGUCUCUGUUCCGAAAGAGACCAUAAAUGAUGAGGAGGAAGAUGGCCUCAUGGUGGUGCCAGGUCGCUCUAGACAGCGAAGUCACAUCCUAGAAGAUGAUGAAAAUUCAGUAGUUUUUUGUGUUCCAGAUGGUACAGUGCUGAAAUCUGCUCUUCGCGAGGAGGUGGAGGACCUCGCGGGCAGCUCGCACGGUCUGCCACCAGCGACGUCGCAGAGGCCACUGUGGGACGGGCCCAGGCCGACCCCCCGGCAGAGGCCGUUCCAGUCGGGGUCCACACCUGCACACCUCACUCACAGGUUCCUGGUUUGGAACUCUGUUGGAAUUAUCCGCUGCUAUAAUGAUGAGCAGGACAAUGCCAUUGAUGUGGAGUUCCAUGACACCUCUGUGCACCACGUGACACACCUGUCAAACACCUUGAAUUACACAGUAGCAGAUCUUUCCCACAAAGCUAUCUUGUUGGCAUGUGAAAGCACCGAUGACCUGGCAAGCAAGCUUCACUGCUUGCACUUCAGUUCUUGGGACUCCAGCAAGGAGUGGAUGGUGGACAUGCCCCAGCACGAGGACGUGGAAGCCAUCUGCCUCGGCCAGGGCUGGGUGGCCGCCGCCACCAGCGCCUCGCUCCUGCGGCUCUUCACCAUUGGGGGUGUUCAGAAAGAGGUCUUCAGCCUUCCCGGGCCCGUGGUAUCCCUGGCAGGACACGGAGAGCAGCUUUUCAUUGUUUAUCACAGAGGUACAGGAUUUGAUGGAGAUCAGUGUCUUGGAGUUCAGCUCUUCGAGCUGGGGAAGAAGAAAAGGCAGGUUCUGCGCGGUGACCCUCUUCCUCUCACAAGGAGAGCCCACCUGACCUGGAUUGGCUUCUCAGCUGAAGGUACCCCCUGCUACGUGGAUUCUGAAGGCUGUGUUUGGAUGCUUAACAGAGGACUAGACAACGUGUGGACCCCUGUGUGUGACACCAGAGAGCACUGCAAGGGGAGAUCCGACCACUACUGGGUGGUGGGGAUCCAUGAAAAGCCCCAGCAGCUCAGGUGCAUUCCUUGUAAAGGCUCUCGGUUUCCCCUGACCCUUCCAUGCCCCGCGGUGGCUAUAUUGUCCUUUAAGCUUCCUUACUGUCAGAUUGCGACAGAGAAGGGGCAGAUGGAGGAGCAGUUUUGGCGUUCAGUUAUAUUUCACAACCACCUGGAUUACUUAGCCAAAAAUGAUUAUGAAUAUGACGAGAGCACUAAAAAUCAAGCAGUAAAGGAGCAACAAGAACUUUUAAUGAAAAUGCUUGCACUUUUUUGUAAACUGGAGCGAGAAUUCCGUUGUGUGGAACUUGCAGAUCUAAUGACUCAAAAUGCUGUAAAUUUAGCCAUUAAAUAUGCUUCUCGCUCUCGGAAAUUAAUAUUGGCCCCAAAACUUAGUGAACUCGCUGUAGAGAAGGCAGCUGAAUUGGCAGCCCCUGAGGCGGAGGAGGAGGAAGAAGAGGAGGAUUUCAGACAAAAACUGAAUGCUGGUUACAGUAAUACUGCUACAGAGUGGAGCCAACCAUGACUAAGAAAUCAUGUGGAAGAAGACACUGAGGACACAGGAGCUGAGGACACAGAGGAAAACCCUGAACUCCAUCAGCACAGACAGAACUUGUUUUCCAAAAGUACAAAUUCCUCUGAGGUACCAGCCGUUAAGUCAGGUGCGGUUACUCCUAGCAACCAAGGACGAGUAAACCCCUUCAAGGUAUUAGCCAGUUCCAAAGAGCCAGCCGUGUCUGUGAACCUGCCACGUUCAACGAAUAUCUUAGACAGUAUGAGCAAAUCCUCCAGGAAACCCUUCGCGCCCAAUCGAGUGGCUGGUAGCGAGAAGUCCCCCGUUCUCAAGCCUCUGAUUCCAAAGCCAAAGUCUAAGCAGGCCUCUGCAGCAUCCUAUUUCCAGAAGAGAACUUCUCAGGCUGAUAAAACCGAGGGAGUGAAAGAAGAAAACCCUAAAGAUGUGUCACCUGCAGCACCAGCUGUGUGCUCACCGAACGCUGAAGCGCAGAGGCCAAAGACUGGGUUCCAUAUGUGGCUGGAAGAAAACAGAAGUAAUAUUUUGUCUGACAAGCCUGACUUUUCAGAUGAAGCAGAUAUAAUAAAAGAAGGAAUGAUUCGAUUUAGAGUUUUGUCAGCUGAAGAAAGGAAGGCAUGGACUAUCAAGGCGGGAGAAACCACUGGGGAUGGAGUUGAAGCAAAGAAGCGGAAACGUGUGGGUGAUGAGUCUCACGACGAGGAAAACCAGGAGGAGGCAGCGAAGGAGAAUCUGAAUUUGCCCAAAAAGCAAAAACCUGUAGAUCUUUCUGCUAAUCAGAAACUGUCAGCCUUCGCUUUUAAGCAGGAGUGAAUGGCGGAAGUGGCCUGGGGGGAGCGGUGACAGUUCUGCUCCUCCGUGAUGAAUCUGGACUUUCUCUCCAUCUUUGUCAUAUGCCUUAUACUGUAGGUUGCUGCAGAGCUACAGGAAGGCUCUCCUCUGUACAAGAUAAUAUAGCAGUCUGCGGUGCUGCUGGCUAGAGCGCUGCUUAGCACAGGUGCGGCCCCGACCUUGACCCCAGUGUCGGGGGAGAGAGUGUAGGAAGUGACGCGCUUCAGGGACAACAGUCGUCAUGGCAAGUUAUUCUGCCCCGGGAUGGAGCAGAACUGUUCUGGUUGUGGUCAUUCCUCGGAGACCACCAUCACAUCCCACUGCCAGCCAGUUUGGUUGGGUUCGUUUCUUUCUGAGGCAGAGUCCAACUGUGUUGUUCAAGCUGGCCUUGAGCUUGCAGCAGUCCUCCUGUCUCAGCUUCCUGAGUGCUAGAAUUACACCACUGUGCCUCGGUUGGUUAUUAUUUUCAGAAAUACUCAAAAUUGAGGUCCUAACAUGUCUGCACAUUGAAGUAUCUUCUGGGAAUUUACUAAUUUGAUAUAUGUCAAGUUUGGGGGAGAACCAGCCACUGCUCCUCCAAGCGUGGUGCCAGAGACUCUGUUGUGCAUCUACAGAGACCUGAGGACGAGAUUUCUUCUUAAAUAUGAGCCUUAAACCUGUAAAUAAUCCGUAGAUGAGGCUUUUUCUUUGUUGUGUCUUGGAAAUGUGUUAUAUA